CAACCACAGACUAUAGAAUUUGUACUUGUCAAAAAAGAGCAUCCUCGUCGGACGGGAGAGGUGGGAUUUUUUGCUUGAAAACCUAAUUUUUCUUCUCAAUUGAAUAAAAACAUGUCUGGCCGUGAGGGAGGCAAGAAGAAACCCUUGAAGGCACCGAAAAAGGAGGCGAGGGAACUUGACGACGAUGACCUAGCUCUAAAACAGAAGCUAAAGGAACAACAAAAGGCCCUACAGGAUGCAAAAUCUAAAGCCUCUCAAAAAGGUCCACUUACACAGGGCGGAAUAAAGAAGUCGGGGAAGAAGUGACCGUAAUUUUACUAUUCCAUUGUAUUUAUAGGAUGUAAAAUUUUUAUGUUAAAGAUCUAUGUUAAAUACAGUGCAGAAAAAAUGUCGAAUCAUUUAAAAAAAAACGUAUCUUUCAUUGUUAAUCUGACCAUCAUAACUUAAAAUUAAACUGCACUGCCAAAACUGGCUUGAAAGUUUUGUAACUCGUUUUUAACUUCUAAGGCAAUGCAUUUGUUUAAUAAAUAAAAAUAUUAAAAGCCAAA